GGUAUCAGAGCUAAGUGUUGAACAUCCCCAAGGGCCACCCACCAUCACUCCCUUCCCUCUUCCCUAACAACCCCCACAGCCCAACUAAACAACCUUCCUCACCUUUUUCCCACUUCAACCAUGUCAAAUGAAUCUCGAACUAUGUCCCAUGAAGAGCUCAUUGCCUCAAAUACAGCCUUGAAAGCACAAGUAGAGUACUUGGCUAAAGAGGUAGCCAAGCUUACGAAGAUGAAACUCAACGAGCUCCAAGGAAGUGACCGUGAAGAAGACGUUAGCUCUAGUGGAACCAUGAAACCUAAAGCUAAUGAAGGUUCUGACUUCAAAGUUGACAUUCCAACUUUUGAAGGGAAGAACGACCUGGACGAGUUCCUCGAGUGGCUAGAAACAGUGGAACGCGUCUUUGACUUCAAAAAUGUUUCCGACGAAAAGAAGGUCAAGAUAGUGGCCUUAAAGUUCCGGAAGUAUGCAUCAACUUGGUGGACUAAUACGUGCACCAAGAAAAGAAGAAACGACAAGGAACCGGUGUCCACGUGGGUAAAGAUGAGGUCCCUUCUAAAAAAGAAGUUUUUACCCGCCGAAUAUGUUCGUGAGAAUUUUGCUAAGCUUCAAACGCUUAGACAAGGUUCUAAGUCCGUUGAAGAAUACAACCGGGAGUUUGAAGAGCUCUUGCUGAGAUGUGACUUGCAAGAAGAUGAUGAACAAACCUUUGUUCGUUACCUAUUCGGCUUAAACCUGCAAAUAGCCAACACGGUGGAGUUGCAAAGUUAUGACUCUCUUGAAGAACUCACGAAGUUGGCCCUCAAAGUUGAAGCUCAACAUAAGAAAUCCAAAGCCCUUUUCUCCAAAAAUAACACCCCUUCCCCACGCCCCUACUCCUCCACAUCCAAACCACCUUACCCUUCAUCAAAAUUACCUUACACUACCCCCAAAAAUCCCACUACUGCCCACGGCACAAACCCCUCCUCCUCCGCCCCAUCUACCUCAAGAAACCCCUCCUCCUCUUUCACACCCCGGGCUGAUCCCACCAAGAAAGCACCUGAGCUGUACAAGGAAGAUGAAGACUUCAAGGACACUUAUUCUAAGUUCCUCAUUCGGCCCUAUGGAGAUUUUCUUGUCAAAGACGGUUAUCUCUUCCGUGGUAACCAACUGUGCGUCCCGAAAUGCAGGGGGAACAACAGAGAGGGGGAGGCAUCGCACCAAACAAGAAAGAGAGCAGCGGCUUUGGCCGCUGCAAUUGACGCCACCGGAGAAGAAAGCAGACGGCGGCCAACGACGGCUCGCCGGCGUUCGACGAUGGUCGGCGGUGAUAGGUCAGGCGGUCCCUUCAAGCUCCAAUUCCUCAAUUUCUUUAUCUUCUUCAAUAUUUGGGGUAUAGUAAGGUCUUUUUACCUUUUUAUCUUUGUCUAUAUCUAUAUCUCUAUCCCCUGUUCUGACACUCUGUUUUGUGUUCAAACCCCAUUUUCCACUCAUUUCAUUUCCAACAUCUCCUUCCACAUACAAACAAAUUCAAAAACCCCAUCUUCCAUCUCCGGCCUUCUUCCUCAUCUUCCCCACCACUCCUCAGACCGGCAAGACGACUUUGCCUCCGCCGCGGCCAAACCCUCCUCGACUCCCAGCAGGAAAAGCUUCGUCGCCGCAGCCCUCCGCGCCCCGUCCUUCAAGGAGGACACCUACUUCGCCUCCGAGCUCAAACACUCCGAGAAGAAGGCCCUCUCGGACCUCAAGAUCGGCCUCGCCUCCCUCGCUCCCGCCGCCUCCAUGUGGGGCAUCCCCCUCCUCUCCGGCGACGACCGCGCCAACGUCAUCCUCCUCAAGUUCCUCCGCGCCCGGGACUUCAACGUCCCUCACGCCCUCCACAUGCUGGCGAAAUGCCUGGCGUGGAGGAAGGAGUUCGGCGCUGACGAGGUGGCAGAUGAAGAGCUGGCCGGAUUCUUUGGAGGAGACGGGGAAGAAGACGGCGAGGAGAAGCUCAAGAGAUUCCUGAGAUGGAGGGUUCAAGUUCUUGAGAGAGGGAUAAAGCUUCUCCAUUUCAAACCGGGUAGGGUCAAUUCUCUGGUCCAAGUCACCGAUCUUAAGGACAUGCCCAAGAGAGAGCUUAGGGUCGCCUCUAAUCACAUCCUCUCCCUUUUCCAGGACAACUACCCUGAACUGGUCGCCCACAAGGUGUUCAUCAAUGUCCCAUGGUACUUCAUUAUGGUGUACUCAAUGUUCAGUCCAUUCAUGACGCAGAGGACGAAGAGCAAGUUCCAAUAUGGGUUCAUAAUGGCUAUCAGUUUUGUGUGUCAAGAAUUGAGAAUGGAGGUGGAGCAGGAAAUCAUCAAACCUUGGGAAUGAAACGGGUAAAACUGUUGUAUUAUCAAUUAUGUAGUGGUGCUUUAAUUUAUACCUUAUAAUGUAUGGUUGCUUUGUUGAUGGAUUGGAAAUGGUUACCAUCUUCUAUAGCUGUAUUGGCGUUUGAUGUGAGCAGGCUCUUCUAGAAUAUGUCUGUGGGCUUCUCUCAUUUCCUGUAGAAUCUUCUCCCAUUG